GGUGUUUGGGCGCGUUGGCCUGAAAAAAACACUGAUCCUGGCCUUAUUGCUUUAAUUAAAUACUUUUUAAGGCUUUAAGUGCCUCCUUUUUUAUUGCAUCAAAUUUCUAUGCAAUUUAUAGUUUAAAAAAAGAGAUAUAUAUUUUUGUCGUGUUAUAAAAUGGUUUUUAGAUCUCAUUUUUGUUGGAGGAGCUGAAAACGCAAGAGAAAGCAAGUCAAUCAAGCAGUGUUUAUUAUUAUUAGUAUUUGGAGAAAAUUGAUGUAGAUUCGCUGACAGGGUGUGGAAUCGUUAUAUUAUCAUGGACUCUGAUCAAACACCGAAAGGUCCGAAACGCUCCCCGAAGAAAACAUCGCAGGGCUCUGGCAAGCGGGAAAACAGCAAACGCAGCCAGAAACCAAGUCUCCAGGAGGCUCGAAAUAAAGGUAGACGUGACCGAGGCAAAGCAGAACAGGAGAUGACCAACAAACUCGGGAACAUGUGUUUGCAAGAUAAGCCGAAGGUGACAGGAACCGGCCUGGUUUACUCUGAUGUCUUUUCCCGUCAUCGCUGCCUGUGGGAUUCCAGUCACCCGGAGUGUCCAGAGAGACUGAGUGCUAUAGUGAAGAUGAUGGAGACGGAGGGGCUGCUGUCUCGCUGCGUGCAGGUGGAGACAAGAGCUGCAUCAGAGGAGGAACUUUCCCUGGUUCACACGAAGGAAUACGUUGAGUUCCUGAAGUCCACGCAGAAGAUGACGGAAGUGGAGCUGAAGUGCGUCGCUGAUCGAUAUGAUUCUGUCUACCUCCAUCCUGACUCUUUCUCAUGUGCCUGUCUGGCUGCUGGCUCCCUCCUCCAGCUGGUCGACAAGGUGAUGAAGUCCGAGCUACGCAAUGGUUUCGCCGUGUGCAGGCCUCCAGGACACCAUGCCCAGGCGGAGCAGAUGAACGGAUACUCCAUGUUCAAUAACGUAGCAGUGGCGACACGUUACGCUCAGAAACAUCACGGCGUCCAGCGGGUUCUGAUUGUGGACUGGGAUGUGCAUCACGGUCAGGGAAUCCAGUACAUCUUCCAAGAGGACCCCAGUGUCCUGUAUUUCUCUGUACACCGGUAUGAGGAGGGUUCGUUCUGGCCUCACCUCCCCGAGGGAGACAGCAGCGCUGUGGGAUCAGGACCAGGCGAGGGCUACAACAUCAACGUGCCCUGGAACAAGACCGGGAUGGAGGACGGAGAUUACGUCUCUGCGUUCCAGAGAAUUCUGCUGCCUGUGGCCUACGAGUUUCAGCCUGAGCUUGUAUUAGUGGCUGCUGGCUUUGACUCCGUAGCUGGUGAUCCCAAGGGUGAGAUGCGUGUGAGCCCGCAGUGUUUCUCUGUACUGACCCACAUGCUGAUGGGUCUGGCCGGGGGUCGAAUCGUGCUCGCUUUGGAGGGAGGAUAUAACUUGCAGGCCACAGCGGAAGCGGCUUGUGCCAGUUUGAGGUCGCUUUUGGGUGACGCCUGCCCUCAUCUGAACUCUUCAGGAGCGCCGAGCGAGAGUGCUCUGAAGUCCAUCUCGAAGACGCUUUGCGCUCUGUAUCCGUUUUGGAGCAGCUUGCAGACUCUGGAGGGAGGCUCUCUUUCAGAGGCAGAAACCUCACCCUCAGCUGUGUGUGUGGAGAAACUGGAAUCCUCCGUACAAGCGACUGGACUCGUUUAUGACGAUCAGAUGAUGGAGCAUCACAACAUGUGGGACAGCCAUCACCCUGAGCUCCCGCAAAGAAUCUUCCGGAUCUUCUGCCACCAUGAAGAUCUGGGGCUGGUGGAUCGUUGCCAGCGGAUCCCGGCACGUUUCGCUACAGAGGACGAGCUUGCGCUUUGUCACGGGACCGAGUACAUCGCUACCAUAAAGAGCACCGAGCAGAUGAAGCCCCGAGACCUGAAGAGGCUCGGAGAUGAUUACAAUUCAAUCUACAUCAGUAAAGAGAGCUAUAAGUGCGCACUUCUCUCAGCCGGGGCGUGUUUCAACGUGGUACAGUCCAUCCUUACUGGUCAGGUGAGGAACGGUGUGGCUAUCGUACGUCCUCCGGGCCAUCACGCAGAAAGAGACACCGCCUGCGGCUUCUGCUUCUUUAACACGGCUGCCCUGACUGCCCGCUACGCGCAGCGCAUUUCCCACGAUGCAUUGCGCGUUCUCAUCCUCGACUGGGACGUGCACCAUGGCAACGGCAUCCAGCAUAUCUUCGAGGACGAUAACAGCGUUCUCUACAUCUCCCUCCAUCGCUACGAUGAAGGCAUCUUCUUCCCCUCCUCCGAGGACGCCGAUUACAACAGAGUGGGCCGGGGGAAAGGUGCGGGUUACAACGUGAACAUUCCCUGGAACAAAGCAAAGAUGGGCGACCCGGAGUAUCUAGCAGCCUUCCACCAUGUGGUGAUGCCGAUCGCACGAGAGUUUGCUCCAGAGCUGGUCCUGGUGUCGGCCGGGUUCGAUGCCGCUCGAGGUGACUCGUUAGGGGGGUAUCAGGUGACCCCGGCGUGCUACGCUCAUCUCACGCACCAGCUGCAGAGUCUAGCAGCAGGACGAGUGCUUCUCAUUUUAGAGGGAGGUUAUAACCUCAUGUCCAUCUCCACAUCAAUGGCCAUGUGCACCAGCAUGCUCCUGGGUGAUGCGCCCCCGCAGCUGCCACCCCUGCCCCCGCCAAACCACAGCGCCAUUGUUAGCAUCAACAACGUCUUGCGAGCACAUGCCCCCUACUGGAGGUCUCUCCGAAUACAGAUUCCUGAGUCUCUGCGGACGUCCUUGCCUAAAAUCAAGCACACGCCACGUGGAAAAGGCAAAAAAUCUCCUCAAGUCACUCCUCAACCGCGUCCCACAGUGACCUCACCAACAUCGCCCCCUACCGAGCAGGAGGACUCAGGACUGGACGAGCUCACCCAAGGCCUGCACUCUCUGGACCUGAGCACGUCUGCCACUUCCAGCCCCGCCUCUGCCCCUGUGGGCGGAGCUAGACCCAAAGUGAAGCUGAGCCCACAGACGGACUCGUCAGCAGUGCAGGAAGUGUCGCCUAUUCGAGGCAUCGGAAGAGGCAUCGAGGACGGCGAUGUAAAAGCAGAAUCCACGCCCAUCAAACAGGAGAAACAGGUCAUGCAGUCGGUAGCGCCGGCAGAGGGAGAAUCGGACGCCAGGGCUGUUUCUGAUCAGGAGAGUUCUGCGCUUGGGGGAGCAUGUGGAUACACGAAGAAGUCCGUCUUUGAGCUCGUGUGUGGACCCGUGGACCUGGCUGGGGACACAAUGUACGUAGUGGAUCCCUUGGCCUGGUGCCCACACUUGGAGUCUGUGUGUUCAGUGCCAGCAGGGGGCGUCGACGUGUUCCGCCCGUGUGAGGAGUGUGGCACCGAAACGGAGAACUGGAUCUGCCUCUGCUGCUACAAGGUUUUUUGUGGGCGUUUCGUGAACGAGCACAUGGUGGCCCACGGGCAGAUGUCCUCUCACCCUCUGGUCCUGAGCUUCGCUGAUCUCUCGGUGUGGUGCUACGUCUGUGAGUCGUACAUCCAUAACCAGGUACUGUAUGAAGCCAAGAAUGCAGCUCACCUUGCUAAGUUUGGGGAAGAGAUUUCCCCCAUCAACUAAUCUAUUACUGAAGAUGAGAAGAUUCCUGUUCAGGAAAAAUUGGCGAUAAGUGUGUGUGUGUGUGUGUGUGUGUGUUCAUGCACGUACGAGGAAGUAAGAAGCUUGCACAUUACAUAACGCAGCUGAAUGUGUGUGUGAAUGUGAUUUCACACUGAACGCUCGUCUUCUUUUCCAAACUCUUUCUCUCUGCAGAAGAGUCCAACUCAUGAACCUACAGUGGGAGUGAGAAGACGCUUUUCUCCCACGCUGCGUUAGUGCCAAAGCGGUGCUCGUUCGAGCGCCUGCGCGUUUAUCGUUCCACAAAUUCGUUCUAUUCGUUAUUUAUUCCUCGCAUUGAAAACCGUUAAUUUUUCUCAUUCAGUCUUCUAAUAAUAAUCGUUCAAACCCGAACAACGGGUUCAUAACCAGUAGAAAUCAGGAGACGGUUUUAUGGAGACCACCACCAGCCAGGCAUCCCUUUAGAAUACUGAUAAUCCCACUGUUCUCUUUGAUAAUAAAGGAGUAUUUACAGUCA